AUGACAACACCCUUGUCCGCCCAGUCUUUUGUUAGGCUCCUAAAAGCCCCCACAGAUCCACCUAAUCCAGGGAGCCCACCAAAAAUCCAAAUCGCUUGUGCAGCAUGGGAUGAUGCUACUCUUCACAUUCCAAAUAAGCACGAACUCAUCGCCGAGUUCAUACUCACCCGACUGCUCAAAGACAAAUCAAAAACCAGCGACAAUCCGGUAAUUGAUGCGCGAUACUGGUCCCUUCUUCGUAAGGUUUUGGUAUUAGAUGGCAGCGAAGGGGCAGGUGCACGCGGCCUGAAAGCGAAGCUGCCAGUUACAAAGGCGAAAGAGCUCCUUGUACUCGUGUGUCCGUGCUUCUCUGUCCUGUGGCCGUUAAGUGUCCACAAAAUUGGCGUGGAGACGUUAUUAGAGUGCCUGGGUGCUAUACUGAACGUUCCUGCUGAGCUGGUUAACGAUGAGAUAUUGGGAGAUAUGUGUGACACAGUCGUAUUUUCGUAUAGAGAAGCACUAGGAAAUGCUGGGAACAAAAAGAAGGGAACGGAGACUCUCUUCUCUCUCGACGCGCUUCGUGCAUCCUCCUCAUCUGAGAGCUUAUUCACGGCCCUAACUUCUUUGUCCAACUCAUCAUCCACAAUAAAUGCUGCCAUCCCGCUCCUACCUCGCCUCUUCAGCACCCAUACGCACUUCCUACGGCGGUACCGCACUAGUUUAUUCCCUGCUUCCCAGAAUAACAUACAGAGCCGUGAAAACGACAUGAGAAUGUCAUCCAUGGCAUUCUUCGCGUCGUGCCUCAAGUUAUUAGCCGAGAACGAACUGAGCUGGGAUGCAAGAGUGGGUUUGGUCAGUGUUAUCGAGAGCGAGCGCAUUUACGCGAGUCAAGGUGCGGGAGAGGUGGAGGCAGUCAGAGAGGAUGCAGUGCGGAUAUUGGAGGAGGAGGAAGCGGAGGAAGAGGUGGUACGUUUGGCUUUGGACGUGCUGGCUGCACUCGCGAGAAUGGACUAUGAUGUAAUUGAACCUGUAGCAGGAAGGGUACUUCCUCGGUUGAUAUUGACUCGCCCAUCUUCCUCCAUACACAAAUCAGCCAACGUACUUCUUGACAUCUUCCUCGAUUUUCACUCCAAGACGCGCACGUUACACGCAUACAUUCAUGCGCUCUUUGAUGCCUGUACCUCUCUUCCUUCCAUCAGAUCCCUUGCGUCACCACAAGAAUUAUACAGCUGUGGACGUACCUCUGCUAUCCUCUCACCUACCCACCUUUGCUCACUCGCGCAAGCAUUCCGCACAUUCCUCACACCUACCCAAGUAAAAGAGGCAGCUCAGAUUACCCUGACUCUCAAAAACACUUUUAAUACCUACCAACACCUUUCCUCACUCAUAAAAACUAGCGAGAUUCAAGACAGGCCCCGUAAAAAGCAACGAAAAAACGACCCUGCCCCGUCAUCUGCGAGUCCAGCGCCCUCGCAGGCCAUGUGGGAAGUAGAUGUUCAUGCACUUUCACUUUCCCUCACUCUCAAGUUUGCGGCUUUAUUCCUGUUGAAUCUCCCAUCCUCAUUCGUCACCGCGGAGGUCCGCGAGGCUUUGCUUGAGGCGAGCGUAUGGGCCAUGGAGGCCGCUCGCUCGCUUCUUUGUAACAAGACUUCUAAAAUUUCCUGGGGAGACCAAGUGACAAGUGCUGCGUUUCUUCGUUUUGCGUAUCAUCUGCUGGCUUGGAAGUGCGACAGACAACUGGGAGAUAUCCGAGGACUAUUGGGGGUUGCCAAAAUGGAAGAGGGUGCGGAGGGCGAGUUAGUGCUUGAAAUCUUGCGAUUUCUCUUUGCGUGGUCUUCUAGAUCGGACACUGAUGUAGAAGUGGAAACUGUGUUGGAUUUUGCCCUGGCGUAUAUCGAGGCACGAGUGGAGAACAUGGACGGCUUGAUGGUACUCUACCUAAUCGUCGAGCGGUGGUUAGAUCUUGUGGAUGCUCGAGGGUCUAAAUCUUCCCUCGAUCGCCUGAUCGGACUUAUAUUCUCUAUUUCGCCCAUGUCUACGUGUCACCCGGAUGUGCGGGGCUUGCAGCCAAAAGAUGUUCUCUGGGGUGUCUUGCACAAUGCACAGUUUUGGGAGAUGGGCAAUAUACGAGUUUCCGUUCUUGCAUACCUCACAUCCUCGCCUAAUUCUAUGACAGGUUCGGCAUUGAAUCAGCUCAGCAACACUUACUGCAUCCUCUUAUAUGUUCCCCCUGAGUACCUCACUAAACAAGCUCGCGUGGAACUGGUGCACCGGGCAAUGGAGGGGGAUGUCACUAUUUCGUCGUUGCUGUAUGCGAUCACCGCAGAGAACACAACAAAGGGCAAACGUAAGCGUGACGAAGGAAGGGACCUGGAAGAUGUGAGGCAAACGCUCAUGCACAUACGUGUAUUCCUUCAACGGAUGGGGAAACUCGGGUAUCUAAACAUGUCUGAUCACGGAAGCGCCAGGGACUAUGUGCAGCACCUUAUGAGCAUGGUGUCAGAUAAUGCGGUGUUGAAAGAGGCCACAAUAAAUCUUGUGGAACUUUAUAUUGCUGCGCUCCUGCGAGCAUCAGAUAAAGACCCUUCCGCCUCAGCUGCGUGUGCUUCGAUCUUCUGCUCUCUCGCGCAGUCUGGUUCUCUUAGUGAAGAGAGCGUUCCCCGUUUAUGUGUGCUCCAGCUUGUUGAGCGUCUCAGACAGAAUUUUUCUGUUUCCAGUCUUCCCGACUUGAUAAUUGCAUCAAUGAAAGAACUGCACGUUGCACUAUCUCGAGUUUCACACCCUAACGUCAUCGACGCACUCCCCACGAGCGGGACUAUCAAAGUAUGGGCAAGCCAUCUUUCAUUUGGUCAUUGGUUAGGCGUUGCCACCACUUCAAGUUCUGGGUAUGGUCAACAUGCUGCAGCCAACCUCUUGCGAAACAGAGAAAAAUGCAAGUUUUCUGCAGAAAUACUGGGUCUUCUUUUUGAGGAACUGCGUUGUUUGCCUAAUGUCGACCGCAGGAUGCAUCUUGACCUUGCAGUAGGAGUAUCUAUAUUUUCUACGGAAGCCGGAGACAUCAAAUCCUUGGAUGAAGUCGUCUCAAGCGGAUGCAAGCAUCUUUCAGUCGACGACUUCUCACACCUAUUGGACACAAUAUAUGAAGCACUUGAAAGCACGCGAUUUCCUCCGACUCAAUGCGUGCGUCUAGUGCAUGUAGCCACUGUCUUUUUACAUGAUGCACCUCAAGGGACUUUGAAGGUCGUUCAGGGGUUUUUCAGUCAGUGUUUGAACCUCUUUAUUGGACACACACAUUUCUUCGCGGAUCAUGUGGUAUUGAAGUUAGCUUGCCUUGAGUUUGUGGCUCGGCAAUGUUCAGAUAGGCCUGCAGCUCUUCGCCCUGUCGACCCCGGUCCCAUCCAUGUCCUGCUCUCUAAGAUCCUUCGUGGGUCUCCAACACAUGACAGUACCACCACACCCGCGGUCUUCCACGCCUCCACCGCAAUCCUAAACGCACUCGUUCGGCUGCGGCGCGAUCUUGUCAUCCACAUUCUGCCUCAUCUGGGAAUGGUCCUCCGCCAACUGGUCUCAUGCACACGCAGUUUACGGCCCCAGCUAGCUGCAAAGCAGAGUCGCAUCGUCACCGACACCCUCCCAUCGUGGAUAGCACCAUCUGAGCCCAUGGGUGUGCCAGAAGCUCGUGCACUUGCACGGCUCUUCACCUCUUUGACGACAAAGAGUGUUCCCCGCGUGCACGUGCAGCCCAAUGCAGAGCAGAAGGCAGAGAGCCUGUCCAAAUCGUUUGCUAAACAUGCUGCUUAUGUGCUUACUGCGCACAUUGACGCUGUGAACGACCCGUUGUGCGUCAUACGGGCGGAUGUGAGGCGUGAGCUUGAGCCAGGCCUGUUUUCGUUGUGCGAGAUGAUGGGUACGCACAGUCGUGAUGCUGUUAUGGUGAGCGCCUUAGACGCGAGUGGGAAGAGCGUGUUGAAGGCACUCUGGAAGCAAUAUGAAAAACAACGCUAUAUUGGGAAGGGGUAG